CACGGGCGGCAUGUUCCUCUUCAACUCAUCUACCAACGCCGCCAAGACCCUGCUGGAUUCGACGGCGCAGCAAGCGCUCUCGACCCGAGGACUGGCAGACGGGGUGGCCGUCGCGACGUGGUGGCGGGCAACGCGGUCGAGGGCGUGGAAGAGCGCAAGUGCCGCCGCCUCUGCGAACGCCUGAAGUCGAAGCGCGUACUCCCCUCGCCGGCACCCCAGUCGGUGCAGCGCGCUUGGCUGCAGAGCACCAUCGCGGCGCUCCCGUCGCCCGAGGUGCCCGUUGCGGAGCCACUGCGGUCCACCGACGACCUGCCGCCGCCGCAGUCCGCGUCGCCACCGCCGCCACUCGGCCGCGCUGCGGCUUAUCUCGGCCGCCGCCGCCGCAGGCAGCGGCCGCCGCCGCCGCAGGUUCCUCACGACCUCGAGGUAGGCAGGGAGGCGCCGUUCUGA